UAACACACAGGGACCAAAUGCCUCAACGGGGAAAGCAGUUAAGGUGCAUCUUCAGCUUUGGGACACAGCAGGACAAGAGAGAUUCCGGAGCCUCACCACUGCGUUUUUCAGAGACGCCAUGGGUUUCUUAUUAAUGUUUGACCUCACCAGUCAACAGAGCUUCUUAAAUGUCAGAAACUGGAUGAGCCAACUGCAAGCAAAUGCUUAUUGUGAAAAUCCAGAUAUAGUAUUAAUUGGCAACAAGGCAGACCUGCCAGACCAGAGAGAAGUCAACGAACGGCAAGCCCGGGACCUGGCUGACAAAUACAGCAUACCAUAUUUUGAAACAAGUGCAGCGACUGGCCAGAAUGUGGAAAAGGCUGUGGAAACCCUUCUGGACUUAAUAAUGAAACGAAUGGAACAGUGUGUAGAGAAGACCCAAGUCCCCGACACUGUCAAUGGUGGUAGUUCUGGGAAGCUGGAUGGGGACAAACCAGCAGAGAAGAAGUGUGCCUGCUAAACUUUACCCUACGAACUGGUCAUCCAGAACCCCACGCAAGCAUCACUUCCAAAAAGAGUGACAAACCACACAAUUGUUGUUGAGUAGAUCAUGCAUAAUGGCA